UUACGUACAUGGAUUUCAAGUUUCUUAUCAACUCAUCCUCAGAACCAUGACUAGUAGCAGUAAACAAUUACUACGCAGAGAGUUGCAUGCGCUUUCAAAAACUUACAGCGUUUGCGAUUUACCCUCCAAAAACCCACAAGACUACGUUCGCUUACUUUCAUCGUGCAAAUACUUCAAUUCUCUCCUUCAAAUCCAUGCCCAAUUGAUAGUUUCGGCUCUUUUACAGCAUACCUCCAUAAAUACCCAUCUCAUAAAUUCUUACUCUUUCUUUCAAAAUUCCCAUUCCGCUCGCUUAGUUUUCGAUUCUGCACCAAGCCCAUCUGUUGUUCUAUACAAUUCUAUUAUAAGAGCUUACACAAGAGGAAACCAGCACAAAGAAGCCUUAAAAAUGUACCAUUUGAUGAUACAACAAGGACUAGAGCCAAAUAAAUAUACUUUCAUUUUUGUUUUGAAAGCUUGUACUGCUCUUUUAGACGUACAAGAGGGUGUUUCAGUUCAUAAUGAGAUUGUUAAUAAGGGACUAGAAUGUGAUGUGUUUGUAGCUACUGGUCUUGUUGAUAUGUAUAGUAAAAUGGGCAAUUUAAGUCUGUCUAGAGAAGUGUUUGAUAAAAUGCCUGAUAGAGAUGUUGUGGCUUGGAAUGCAAUCAUUGCUGGUUUGUCACAAAGUUCUGAUCCUUAUGAGGCAUUGGAGUUCUUUAAAUGUAUGCAAUUUAGUGGUGUGGAGCCUGAUCUAGUGAGUUUUUUUAACUUAGUUCCAGCUGUUUCGAAGUUGGGUAACCUGUGUUCUUGUAGGUCUAUCCAUGGUUAUGUUAUUAGGAGGGGUUUGGAUAAGAAUUUUUCUAAUGGUUUGAUUGAUAUAUAUAGUAAAUGUGGAGAUGUACAUGUUGCUAGAUGUAUUUUUAAUCAAAUGCAGAUGAGGGAUGCUGUUUCUUGGGGAACAAUGAUGGCAGGAUAUGCCCAUUAUGGAUACUUUGUUGAAGUUAUGGAAUUGUUUGAUCAGAUGAACAGAAAUAAUCUUAUAACAAAUAAGGCAUCUGCUGUAGCUGCUCUUUCAGCUGCCGGGGAGAUGAGAGAUUUAGAGAAAGGGAAGGAGAUACAUGAUUGUGUUAUUAAGCAGAAUUUCGACAUUGACAUUGCUACUUCUAUAAUCAGCAUGUAUGCAAAGUGUGGAGAACUGGAGAAGGCUAAGAAAUUGUUUGGGGAACUUCAAGAAAGGGAUUUAGUUGCUUGGUCUGCUAUAAUAGGUGCUUUUGUCCAAUCCGGCUAUCCUGAAGAGGCACUAUGCCUAUUCCAAGGUAUGCAAAACAGUAAUGUGAGACCAAACAGUAUAACUUUGAUUAGUUUUCUUCCAGCUUGUGGAGAACCAUUAUACCUGAGAUUAGGUAAGAGCAUUCAUUGCUAUGCUGUCAAGGCAAAUUUUGAUUCUGAUAUUUCAACCGGAACUUCCCUUGUUUCUAUGUAUGCUAAGUGUGGAUUCAUGAGGCCAGCAUUCAUUAUAUUCAACAGAAUGCCAUUUAAAGAUGUGGUAACAUGGAAUGCUUUGAUAAAUGGAUAUACACAGAUUGGUCACCCUAAUUAUGCAAUUCAGAUGUUCCAUGAAUUAGAGUUAUCUGAGAUAAAUCCAGACUCAAGAACUAUGGUGGGCUUGCUUUCAGCGUGUGUCAACUUAAAUGACCAGGGUCUAGGCUCUAGCAUCCACGGGAAAAUUAUUAGGUAUGGAAUUGGAUCUGACAGUCAUGUCAUGAAUGCUCUUCUGGACAUGUAUGCUAAAUGUGGAAACCUUUCCUCAGCCAAAAUGUUGUUUUACAGAGCUGAUUUUCCAAAGGAUGAAGUGUCAUGGAAUAUAAUAAUUGCUGGAUUCUUGCAAAACGGGAAUGCCAAAGAAUCGAUUUCUGCAUUUCAUCACAUGAGAUUGGGGAACUGGCAACCUAAUGUGAUAACUAUUGUGAGUGUCCUUCCUGCAACAGCAUAUUUGGCAGCCCUAAGAGCAGGAAUGGGAAUUCAUGCCUGUAUAAUUCAAAUGGGAUUUCAGUCUAAUACACUAGUUGGAAAUAGUCUCAUUGAUAUGUAUGCGAAAUGCGGGAGGCUAAAAUACGCAGAAAAAUGUUUCAAUGAAAUGGAAAAUAAAGACACGGUUUCAUGGAAUGCGAUGCUUGCAGGGUAUGCAAUCCAUGGGCAAGGGAGUCAGGCCAUUGCUCUUUUUUCACUAAUGCAAGAGAGACAAUUCAGGGUUGAUUCUGUGACAUUUCUCAAUGUUCUGUCUGCUUGUAGACAUUCAGGAUUAGUACAACAAGGGAAGGAAGUAUUUGAUUCCAUUUGCAAAACCCAUCACAUUGCCCCUGAUAUGGAGCACUAUGCAUGUAUGGUGGAUCUGUUAGUUCGUGCUGGUUUAUUCGGUGAAGCUUGGGAUUUCAUAAGCAAAAUGCCAAUUAAACCGGAUGCUGGAGUUUGGGGAGCCUUAAUAAGUGCAUGUAGAAUGCAUUCUAAUGUGCAAUUGGGAGAAAUUGCAUUGGAUCAUCUUGUUCAGCUGGAGCCUGAAAAUCCCACUCAUUAUGUCGUCUUAACAAACAUAUAUGCUCAAUCUGGAAGGUGGGAAGAUGCAAGCAACACAAAAUCAAAGAUGAAUCAAAGAGGGCUGACAAAAACUCCAGGCUGCAGCUGGGUUGAGGUCAAAAAUAAAAUUCAUGCUUUUCGAGCGGGUGACCAGAGCCACCCACAGUUAGAAAGUAUGCAACGUUUAUGGAGCAUAUUACUAGAGAAAAUGGAGCAAAUGGCGUAUGUUCCUGAUACAAGCUGUGUUUCACGGAAUGUGGAGGAAGAGGAUAAAGAGUUGUUCCUUUACAACCACAGUGAGCGGCUAGCCAUAGUUUUUGCUCUGCUAAAUACAGAGCCUGGAUCAACCAUCCUGAUAGUGAAGAAUCUCCGUGCUUGCACAGAUUGCCAUACGACCAUUAAGUUGAUUACAAAAAUCACCAGACGGCAAAUCAUUGUUAGAGAUGCAACUCGUUUUCAUCAGUUUAAGGAUGGAAUCUGCUCAUGCAACGAUUACUGGUGAACGGUCUUGUGGGUAAGCUUAUAAUGUUCAUAAGAAAUUUAUGGUUAAUCCUAACUUUCAAGCAAUUCAUCCUCCAGUAAACGUGCUUGGCUACUGUCUCUUAUAUAUUAUCAUGGAAAUUUAUUGAUUUUUAAUUUGCGAUUUAUUGUUUCAACCCCUCUAGAUCAGAGAUAGAAAAUUUAAAAGAAAUA